AUGAGCAUCUCUACUGCUGAGUUCUUGUCACGUUAUACCGAGAAGACAUUUCGUCCAGGCGAGGACAAGUUCUUCGAAGGUGUUCUCGACGCAUUCCAACUGCAUGUCAAGGCAGUCGAAGAAGCUCCAGAAUACUUUCCUCCAGUGGACUUUGAACGCUUCCCUCGAGGCCCUAUCACCCGUCCGCCACCCUCCGAGAAUACCAACAAUGCCUGGGCCCACAAAUGCACCGUCGUCGCCAACCCGCCCAUCGCCAACGGCCUUCUCUCAGGCCGCACCAUUAUCUUGAAAGACAACAUCACCCUCGCCGCCGUUCCUUGCCUCAUGGGCACCGCAAACUUCACGGAUUGGAUUCCGAAGACCGACGCCACCAUCGCCACCCGUAUCCUCGAAGCUGGAGGAACUAUCGUCGGAAAGGCGGUAUGCGAGAAUUUCUCGUUGAGUGGGGUUUCGGCGACAGCGGCGACAGGCCCGGUGGAUAAUCCUUGGGCGAAGGGAUAUAAUGCUGGGGGAUCGAGUUCUGGGUGUGGGAGUCUGAUUGGGUGUGGCGAGGUGGAGAUGGGGAUGGGGGGAGAUCAAGGUGGAAGUAUCAGGUUGCCUGCGGCUUGGUGUGGAGUUUAUGGUCUGAAGCCAACACGAGGACUCGUUCCCUACACUGGAAUCGCAGCAUUGGAUCCUUCGGUAGACCACACAGGACCGAUGACGAGGACGGCGCUCGAUAACGCACUCCUACUUCAAGUAACUGCUGGCACAGAUGGUAUCGACGAUCGUCAAGUCAACUGUCCACCGACCUCCUUGCUCCCAUCCUACCAUACCUCCCUUCUCUCGUUCUCUGCCAAAGUGUCGCCUUCCAACCCCAAACCUCUCACCGGCAUGAAACUUGGCCUCCUCAAAGAAGGGCUCGAAGUUCCUGGUAUCGAUCCGGCCAUGGUCUCAGCCGUCAAAGACACAGCAAAGAGGUUCGAAGAGCUCGGGGCGGAAAUAGUCGAUGUUAGUGUGCCAGAGCAUGGCGUGCUGGGGUCUGCGGUAUGGCAUAUUAUUUCGCAUAUGGGGUGUGCAAAGGAGGUGUUCGAAGGAAGUACGAACGGGAGGGUCGGGCUGCAGUUGACUGAUCUGCAGGAGAAGAUGCAAGGGUGGGAUUCGCCGGAAAGGUUCGAGCAGCUUUCUACUCGAGCGAAGGGCUUCUACCUCAGCGGAAAGUAUCUAUGGGAAUCUCAUCCGACCAUCCUUGGAAAGGCGACGAACCUCGCUCUCGCCGUUCGAGGGGCAUACAACCGUGCCCUCUCCACUGUCGAUGCCCUUCUCCUUCCGACGGUCCAAAGCGUGGCUCGCAAACUACCUUCAGACAGCAUCGAGGCUGGCGCGAAGGCGUACUCUAUCACUGGGAACACUUGUACCUUCGAUAUCACAGGACACCCUGCGCUCAGUAUGCCGGUGGGAUUUUUGCCUUCGUUGGACGGGGACGAGGACGUGAAGCUGCCGGCGGCGGCGCAGUUGGUGGGGAAGUUUUGGGACGAGCUCACGAUGUAUAAGUUUGCGUAUGCGUUUGAACAGAAUUUUGAUUGGAAGAAGUUGUAG